AUGGAUGGAAUAAUUGAAGGAGGAGGAGGAAAAUGGAUGGAUGUACAACAAAAGCAAUCAAAGAAGUUUAUGAACAGAAUCAGCAGCCAAAUGAUCAGCACCAGUCACCCACCAACCACAGCAGACUUCAACAACAACAACACAAUUGACGCUUCUUCUUUGGUCGCCACUAUCAACAACAUUUCUGUUAUUUACAGCACAGCAACCAACACAACAACCAACACAACAUCUUCAUUUUUACCUCCUGACACAAAACAGUGGGGGAUGAAUUAUUUUGAUAAGAUGAAUUUAAAGAUGGCUGACGAAAUAGGGAAGAGAUUCGCUUGUUUGAAUGAAUUAAUGCAGCAAGACAUACAAGAUGAUCGGAAAGUCGUUGAAAAGUUAAAAAAUAUUUUAUCAGAUUUGAACGUGAACAACAGGAACGUGAACAACACCAACACGAACAGCACAAACAACCUGAGCAACUUGAACAACAUGAAUCACGCGAACGACCAUGAACUUGACCUUUUGUGUGACCUUCAAAUACUACGUCACUUCAAAUCCUUCUAG